AUGGCUGCUGCGAAUUUGGGGGAGACCGCGGAGCAGAGGAGGCGGCGACACGGUCGUCUUUUCAAAAGGUUAGACUUGCACAAUUCUGGGCAGGUCGAUUUGGCUACGUUGCGAGAGGCCCUGGGGAACGAGUCACAUCCUCUUAGUGAGUAUGAUAAAGGGAUAGAGGCGCUGUUUGAUGCUAUGGACAGGAAACGCGAUGGGGUCAUUGAUUUCGAGGAGUUUCAAGAAUUUGCAUCGCAAGCGGAGCCCCAGAUUGCGAGCGGGUUCCAUAGGAUUGACCAGGAUGCGGAUGGGAGGGUUAGGAGGUCGGAGGUGUCAAAGUACCUGGGCCAACUGGAUGCGUCAUGUACAGAGACAGACGUUCACCCACCAACACCGCCGAAAAAUCGUAAAGUAAGACUCAAUUCCUUCUUGAAGUGGGCGUUCAAGGGCAAAGGAAAUCAGCAGACCCCGUCCGCGGAGGAGGAAGAUCCAUAUAUUACCUAUGACCAGUGGCGUGAUUUUUUGCUGUUGAUGCCCCGGGUGGGCGGGUCCAGACUAAACACUGCAUAUGCAUACUUUUACGCCUUCAAAGAUGACGUAGAUUUGUCCUCUGAGGGGGACAUGACUGUCACAAACGAGUUCAUACGAGGAUUUAGCUACUUUCUGGCCGGUGGGAUAUCGGGAGUGAUAUCUAGAACAUGUACCGCCCCUUUUGAUCGAAUCAAAGUGUUUUUAAUAGCCCGCACCGAUCUGUCAUCUACAUUCCUCAACUCCAAGGAUAAGCUACUCCAAAAAAAUCCAAGGGCUGACUUGAGCAAAAUCAAGUCUCCCUUGGUCAAGGCGGUUACCACUCUGUACAGACAAGGCGGACUUCGAGCAUUUUACGUUGGUAACGGUUUGAAUGCACUCAAAGUGUUCCCGGAGUCCUCGAUCAAGUUUGGAACUUUUGAGAUAGCGAAGAAGCUGAUGGCACGAUUGGAACACGUGGAAUCAAAGGAACACUUGUCGAAACUAUCAACAUACUUUGCCGGUGGUCUAGCAGGGAUGGUGUCACAAUUCUCAACUUACCCUGUUGACACCUUAAAAUUUAGAGCGCAAUGUGCACCACUAGACGCAACUCUGAAGGGGAACGAUCUUCUAAUACACACUGCCCGGGAGAUGUUUGAAGCUGGCGGGCUAAGAAUUUUUUAUAGAGGUGUUACAGUGGGGAUACUGGGGAUCUUCCCCUACGCGGCCCUGGACCUAGGUACCUUCACGGCACUGAAGAAAUGGUUCAUAGCAAGGAAAGCUAAACAGUUAGGAAUCUCGGGCGAGAAUUUGUCGCUGAGCAAUCUCGUCGUGCUUCCGAUGGGUGCCCUCAGCGGGACCGUGGGGGCAAGCGUUGUGUAUCCAAUUAACCUGCUGAGAACAAGACUGCAGGCCCAGGGGACAUACGCCCACCCGUACCUGUACAACGGAUUCAGAGAUGUGUUGCAGCAAACGAUAAAGAGAGAAGGGAUUCCAGGUCUGUAUAAAGGUUUGGUUCCAACUUUGGCAAAAGUGUGUCCAGCCGUUUCCAUCAGCUACUUAUGCUACGAAAAUCUGAAGAGAUUUGCCAACCUGGAAUAG